AGUCGAUAUUCCAACUUUAAUCGGAAAGCAUGUUGCGUGUUUUGAUUUUGAUUUUUCUAUUUUGUUUACAUGUGUUCGCUAAACGCAUACCAGUCAUUCAUGAUGGAAAUGAUGAUUCGCAUAUUCCACAUUUAAAGUACAUCGCGUCUCUACAACUAGCAAAUAGAGAAGAAGAUUUCUUUUGUGCGGGUGUCUUCAUCAGCAGCAAAACUGUUUUGACUCUUGCCUCAUGUUUUUAUCAAAACGACGUCUUACUAAAUCCUGAAGAAGUUAAAAUUGUGGCUGGGAGGGGAUUUCGAUUUGAAUAUGACCAAAACCCAUUUAAUGGAAUUCUUGAAGAAAUUAUUCUACACGAAAAUUUCAGUAGGUCAUCGUUGGAAAAUAAUAUCGCAGUUGGAAUUCUCUCUGCUGAUGUUCCAAGCAAUAAAAAUGUUGAAGUUCUUGACAUUGAAGAUAUCGCUAGUGAAGCACCAAAUGAAGGUGACAAAUGUGAGAUCUUUGGAUGGUCAUUAACAACACUUUUCGGAUCACAACAUCUUCUUUCGGGAGAAGUUCAAAUAGAAGCAAAAGACAAAUGCGACAACUCAGGUCAUAAAUUAACAUCGGCAACAAUUUGUGCUGGUCCAUAUUACGUCAAUGGAUGUCCAACUGAUGAUGGAUCACCGCUUGUGUGUAACAAGAAAUUACAUGGUUUAAUAGAUAUUCGACCAGUUGGAUAUUGUUCAAUGAUCAUUACAAAUCGACUUGGAACUUAUGUCGAUCUUUCAGUGUAUCGAGAGUGGAUUUAUGAACAUGCCAAUGGCAAUUCAGCAUCAAUAUUGUCUAGUAGAAUAUUUCUUUGUUUAAUAGCAGUAUUUAUAGCAAUAUUCAGUUGAGAUAAUUAUGUUGUAAACAUAAAAGUAGUUUAAAUUAUCUGACAUAAUUUUAUUGUCUUCCAAUGAAGCUCAAAUAAAUAGCGUGACGCACUCGAAAGAGUUUAAAUUAAAUUCCAAUUUUACUUAAGUAUAGAGGUCAUAAGAUCAAGCAAAAAACUUUCUG